ACGUUAAGUUCGUGAUGACGUAAAAAGGAGUGCCCCGACCAAUUUGUAAUAAUUUGUCUUUUACUUGGGCCGGUCGUCAGGACCGUGCUUUUAAAACAUUUUGCAUUUAAAGUUUAUAUAUUUUAGGCAAGAAAAAUGUCGCGUCGAAGGGAAACGGAAGAGACCGACAAACUCACUAGGAUCGCUAUCGUGAAUGCCGACAAAUGUAAACCGAAAAGGUGUCGGCAAGAAUGCAAAAAAUCGUGUCCCGUUGUACGAAUGGGAAAACUUUGUAUUGAAGUUACCCCAAACAGCAAAAUCGCUGUUAUAUCGGAGGAACUUUGUAUCGGUUGCGGUAUAUGUGUCAAGAAAUGCCCAUUUGAAGCUAUAACCAUUAUUAAUUUACCGAGUAACUUACACCGGGAGACUACUCAUCGAUAUGGUAAGAACUCAUUUAAAUUGCAUCGUCUACCUAUACCGCGUCCUGGUGAAGUGUUGGGUCUUGUUGGUACAAAUGGGAUAGGUAAAUCUACAGCACUCAAAAUAUUGGCUGGGAAGCAGAAGCCCAAUUUAGGGCGAUUUAUGGAUCCUCCUGAUUGGACUGAGAUUUUAAGCCAUUUUAGAGGUAGCGAGUUGCAAAAUUAUUUCACCAAAAUAUUGGAAGAUGACUUAAAAGCACUGAUAAAACCGCAAUAUGUAGAUCAAAUUCCUAAGGCGGUGAAGGGUACCGUAGGUCAAUUGUUGGAUAAAAAAGAUGAACUCAAGAACCAAGAGGAAAUAUGCACAAUGUUAGAUUUGAAAAACGUCCGCGAAAGGGAAAUAAGCGCCCUCUCGGGAGGGGAGCUUCAACGUUUUGCUUGUGCCAUGGUAUGCAUUCAAAAUGGCGAUAUUUUCAUGUUCGACGAGCCUUCUUCUUAUCUGGAUGUUAAACAGCGCUUAAACGCGGCGCAAACGAUUAGAUCCUUAUUGAGUCCUGACAAAUUUAUAAUAGUUGUGGAGCACGACUUGAGUGUACUUGAUUACCUGUCAGAUUUCAUUUGUUGUUUGUAUGGCGUUCCGGGUGCUUAUGGCGUUGUCACUAUGCCUUUUUCGGUUCGAGAAGGUAUAAACAUAUUUUUGGAUGGAUUUGUGCCAACCGAAAAUCUUCGAUUCCGCGACGAAUCAUUGGUGUUUAAAGUUGCCGAAUCGGCAACCGAGGAAGAGGUAAAGCGGAUGAACCAUUACGAGUAUCCCGCGAUGAGUAGGACCAUGGGUAAUUUUAAACUGCAAGUGAAAAAGGGUCAGUUUUCCGAUUCGGAAAUCUUGGUGCUUUUGGGUGAGAAUGGUACCGGUAAGACCACCUUUAUUAGGAUGUUGGCGGGUAAUUUGGAACCGGAUGAAGGGUCUGGCAACUUACCCCAGCUCCAUAUCAGUUAUAAGCCCCAGAAGAUAAGUCCAAAGUCUCAGGGCCUUGUCAGGCAGUUGCUUCACGAAAAGAUUAGAGACGCUUACAUACAUCCGCAGUUCAUCGCAGACGUUAUGAAACCGUUAAAGAUCGACGACAUAAUCGACCAGGAGGUGCAGAACUUGUCGGGUGGCGAACUUCAACGGGUCGCGAUGACCCUGUGCCUAGGCAAACCGGCCGAUGUUUAUUUGAUCGACGAACCGAGCGCCUAUUUGGACUCGGAGCAACGUUUGGUCGCGGCUAAAGUCAUCAAGAGGUUCAUCCUGCAUGCGAAAAAGACGGGUUUCGUAGUCGAGCACGAUUUCAUCAUGGCGACCUAUCUGGCCGAUCGGGUCAUCGUUUUUGAAGGUCAACCUUCGGUGUGUACCAUCGCGAACUCGCCGCAAACGCUACUCGCAGGAAUGAAUCGAUUUUUGGAACUGCUCGGGAUAACGUUCAGGAGAGAUCCGAAUAAUUUCCGACCCAGGAUAAAUAAGCAGGAAUCGGUGAAGGAUGUCGAACAGAAACGGGCCGGUCAAUAUUUCUUUUUGGAAGAUUGAAAGUAGAGUACUUGGCAUAUGUCGGUCACCCCCGGGCUUCAGAGGCGAAAUAAUGUUAUAUUCUAACAAAGGCAGGAAAAUAAAAGAUUUAUAAUUA